AUGGAAGAUCACUUGAAAAAGCCGCUCAGAACAACAGGGGUGAAACAUAAUAUACUGAUGGAUGUAGACAAGCCGCUGCAAACAGUGGAAAGAGUACUGCCCUCGAAUGAUCAAAUUGAAGAUGCCCAUGUUCAUGAACCCCGAGUGAAGAAGCAGCAAAAAAAAGUGAAACGUCUAGCUAUAGCUGAGGAUAAUGUUGACGGCGAUGACGCAAAAUUAUUCAGGAAAAAUAUACGUGCGUAUAAUAGCAUAUUUGCUUUUACAUCAUUUGGAGUUAAGCUCGACAAAGAAUUGGCAUCUUCUAGGAAAGGAGUUUACAGUUUCAAGGCAGAAGGUCAGAUAUAUCAUGAUCUACCAUCGUUAAUUCCAAACAAUGACAGACCACGAUACUUUCAACUAUACUUCUAUGAUACUGACCAUGAAUUAGCCAAUAGAAUGACGGUACUACAAGAUGCAAAUUUAUCAGAGGAAGUCAUGACCAAAUUAAGAAAUAUAAUGGAGGGGAAUCCAUAUGCAGAAUUCUUCUCACGGCUUAAAGAACAUACAAACAUACAAAAUCUGCAAGUACGCAUAGCUGCAAAUGCUUCAUUAGAUCAAAGGGUAUAUAACAAACCGUCGGUGGAUCAGGUCGCAGCAAUUUGGGUAGACGGAAACAAUCCAAAUACACCAUUUGAAAGAGAUAUUGCAGAGAAGCAGGUUGGCACCAAGGAAUACAAAAAUGUCGCAAACAGAUCAACAACAGCCAAACACCUACAAAUACAAGUAUCAAAUCGGCAAGAUUAUCAUCCACAACUGUUGUGGGGUUGUUGGCCAAUGAAGCACAAGCAAUUUGUGGUGGACAUAUACAUUAAGAUAGAAACAACCAGACUAGAAUAUUAUAGAUUCGAGCAAUCAAAUUAUCGAAGGGAGAUACUCGAAGGUAUUGUUGACAGUGUCAGUGCCGGUGAGUAUAGAGGAGACAAGGUAGGACAAAGGGUAUUUCUAUCAGGAUCAUUCAUUGGAGGGCCUAGGGAUAUGCGCCGCCGAUAUAUGGAUGCAAUGGCUUUGGUUCAGGAGUUUGGACGACCAGAUGUUUUCAUCACCAUGACAUGUAACCCAGAUUGGGUUGAGAUUCAGGAACAAUUGCGUCUAGGACAACGCCCUCAAGAUAGACCCGAUUUGAGAAUUUUCAUAUUUGUAGAAAUUGGAGAGGAAAAUCUUGCAAAGCCCUUCCUAAGUAUGGUUGGUCUAGAAGAAUCAAAAGACUUUGUGUGUGAAACAUUUAAAGUGGCAGCCAAAGAAAGAGGGUUAUUCGAAUCGGAUAAUAGCAUUUCUGAAUGUUUACGCGAGGCUGUCACCUUCAAGAUGCCAACAGCACUUCGAAGUUUGUUUGCAACAAUCUUAGUUCAUUGCAACCCUACGGAUGUGAGAAGUCUUUGUUACACAUAUUACGGUGAUAUGUCUGAAGACUUUCAAAGGAGCCAUUGCACCACAACCGAAGCAUAA